AUGGACACAUCUGUUGUUCUCUUGAAAGGAGACCUUCGCCAUAUUCACGCAUUGAUAGAAUGCCGACAAAAGCCGCGAAUGGAAUUGCCGAUUCCUUCUACAGUGCAGCGGGACUUGCGCGAAUCGUUCUUUCGCAGCAAUAAUUCUUGGGACACCGUCCAGUGGACGGCUAAUCUGAGAGAAUGCAAAAAGUCCACCUACUUACUGCACAGCUUCAGCGGGCACGGUAUUUAUGCUGCUACGGACCCUUUGCUGUACCGCUACUUUCCCGUCUCUUUGGAGGAAAUGCGCAAACCAAAGGCAAAAAUGUUUGAAGCUGGCCUAGUACAUGCCAUUCGAUCAAGAGAAACUAUUGACAAAAUAGUAAAAUGGAAUGUGUUGUGUGCAAUGGAAGAAGAUUGCAUGGGUACAACUAUCAUGCCCAAUAUUUGCGAUUUCAAUCAAAGCGAUUUGUACUCGUCCUUCGCCCAUUGUCACAGAUACGACCAGUCCGUGGUAAAUGUUCUUCUGGCUGAUGCCUAUCACUACGAUCGGCACUACUAUGCAAGCGAAAUCACAGAUUUCUUUCGAAUACAGCGUUUCGUUUCACGACCAGCGAAGAAUCGUGAACUGAGGUGUGCCUAGAU